AUAGCACUAUCUUCAUAUUCCAUGCGUGCAUUUGGAUCACUGCUGCACAAAUCUUCCCACUCCUUCACUCUUCAAAGUAAAUUCCUCCCCAACACCCAGAAAUUCAGAAUUCCAGAAUUUUUUUUGUUCAUUUUUCCUGAAAAAAUCAGCUUCUCCCUAGACAUGUGGGUCUUGAAUACAUCGAGGUCAUAUGAUUUAGGUCUGCAUCUUUGGAUGCAACACAGCCUUGUCGUCGAUUCUCAGUCCGAAGUCAUCUCAUAUAAAUUUUAAAGGUAUAAUACUGUUCAAUUCUAUAACAUGAACAUGGUCCGAUGAAAUAAUUAUGUGUUCUAGAGAAGAAAACGUUGGGUGUAGUGAAUUUAUUAGGCUUGAAGGUGGGAGCAAGAUUGAAACCGAAGGUAAAGGAGAGAGGUUAAUAUCGGAAAAAGGGAAUCAAGUCAAUCAACUGAAGGGAAACGUUGCCUGCGCAAACGUUUCAAUUCAGCUAUUGUUUUCUAGUUCCAGCUCAAAUCAGUUCUUUAUCCAAACACCUUUAAUUGUGUAUUACUUGACUGGAAUUCAGCUCAUAAUCAGCUGAAAUGGUCUGCCAAACAAAGCCUUAGUUUGAUCCGUCUUAUGAUUUACGUGGAUGUAAAUCGGAGGAAGAGAGCGUGGGGCUGGCUUGCAAGUGAUAAUGAAGGGAACUUCAUCAGCGGAGGCAGUGAGACUCGGGCAGCUGACUGGUCAGCGGCUAUUAUAGAAGCAGUCGGGAUAAGAGAGGUGAUAUCCUGGCUAAAGAGCAAGGUUAGUCCCAUGUCGAAAUUGAAACAAAUGCACUGCCUGAUACCUCCAGGCUCUUGGGAGGUUGUGAGAAUUCUUAUUUGGAUAUCGUCGUGGAAGAUGUAAGACACCUACUUCAAUCUGAAGUAGUUUUAUUGUCAAACAUGGUAGACGAUCCGCGAAUCGGGCAGUCCAUACACUUGCUAAGGCAGUCGUUUCUAAUGUGGGUGGCAGAAUAAUUUUUCAUUUUUUACCGUCCAAGCGCCCCCCACGCCCCGACCCGACAGAACACAUGGGAGGAUGUAAGUUACGGUGACUCAGUCAGCAGAGUGACAGUAGGCCUUUUGAAUCAUGGUUUCAUGGGAUUAUUUACCAUUUUGUCUUGUUUUUCUGGGUGUAGAUUAUCUUGAUUGAUUUGAUUCUACAUAAAAGAAAAGCUUAUAGGCACUUGUUCUACAAUACGUUUACUCGAGAGAAACUUAAUUUUGAGGUAUGUUUUAACUGAAUCCAUCCCCAGUUAACGGGCGCACCAGAGGCCCAGCCUUAUUUCAGGUUUUGUGACCUUCACCCGGUCGCUGCGGGGAUUCGAACCUUGGUCAUAGUUCCAAUUUUCCCACCACUCGAGCAGCUGAGCUACUCGUGCGGGUACCGUCUAACAUUUGUAGCCAUGUGGCCAACGACUUAUUUAAUUAAUAAUAGCUAUUUUUAAUUCCCAAAAAAGUCUGAUUUGAUUUUUUAAGUGUGUGACUAAAAAAAGUAAGACCAUUUUUAGCAUGUUUUACUUCUAUUUUAAUUUGCUGGUCUGAUCGAUCUGGUCUGAACUGGUCUGGUAAUGUCUAGUCUGUUUUUAUAAUUAUGCAAGUAUGAUUGAUUUGGUUUGAUCCUUCACGCCCAACUAAAAACAUCCUUGCAUCUAAUUAGAACCGGAAGAACUAAAGAGAGGAAACGCCGACUGCCGCUGCCGGAGCUCAGUCUACUGUUGUCGGUUGCAUCCUCGGUCGAUCUACAGACAGAAGUAAAAAGUCGGAGAGCGAUUAGUUUACUUCUUUUUCUGGUAAACAUUAUGGACAAAGAUGGAAAAUUUCGAUGCGUCGAGUGUGGAUCAUCAAUUAACUCUCUCUACAUCCAAUACUCUCCCGGCAACAUACGUCUCAUGAAAUGCGAGAACUGUAAAGCUGUCGCCGACGAGUACAUUGAAUGCGAAAUCAUGAUUAUCUUGAUUGAUUUGAUUCUACAUAAAAGAAAAGCUUAUAGGCACUUGUUCUACAAUAUGUUUACUCGAGAGAAACUUAAUUUUGAGGGAUUAUUAUGGAAAUCACUACUGGUAUUCCUUCUCUUGGAUUCUUAAUGAUGAUCCUAUGCACUAGUCCUAAGGAGAGGAUCUGGCCUACAACCUUUGCUUCACUGGCCUCCAUCUAUGGAAAGGUUCUGUUUGGAGUCAUCUUUGGGAACCUGGUUUUUCUUGGAACAUUACUAUUUGGCGCAAUGAGCUUUCUGGAAUCAACUGUUAGAAAUUUUGGGUAUAGGUCUGUACUGCUUGCAAUCCUUGUCUCGAGUUACUUAAAGAUCUUCCUUGUGGCCAUGAUGGUAUGGGAAUUUCCUCCUGCUGUUAUUUUUGUUGUUGACAUGCUUGUCUUCUCAUCCAAUACAUUAGCAUUAACUGUUCUUACAGACAAAGACACGACUCAUUGCCUAUGGAUCUGCUUGGCUGCACAAAUGAUGAAGUUAUUCAUGGAGCACAGCCUCAUAGGAUUUCCAACUCUCUCCCAGUUCUAUUAAUCUCUCGUGAAGUUAUUUUGACUUGCAAACUUCAAUUCAUGCUAAAACAUGGAACUGGCUUUAGAGCCUUAGAGGCAC